AGUCUUCUCAGAGCAUCUCAGUGGGGUGAAGGGGAAGGAGAAAGCCUUAGAGAUCCUCAUCGCAGCUCUGACACAGUAGUGGGUGCCAAGCAACUGACUUUCCUCUCUGGGCCUUGAUGUUCCCUUCCAGAGACUGAGGCAGGGGAAUGGGAUGCUCUUGGGCCCUUCGGAGGCCAGCGACCACACAAGUGGCUGCCUCUGGCCCCCACCUCUGGGAGACAGGCGGAGGCCUUAAGCCGGGGAAGGACUGAGAACCUACCAGAGGAGCAGCUCCCAGACAGUGAUUUCUAAGCCCCACAGGAAUAGCAAGGUUUUCACAGGGUAAUGUGUGAAUGUGGGAGCGCAGAGGCAGAGGGGAGCCAGCAGCCUGCACAGCAGCCGUGGCAAGCCGGCUCUCUGAACACGAUGUCCACACCUCCUGCCAGCAAUGGUGUCUUUGUCGUCAUCCCGCCCAGCAACGCCAGCGGCCUCCGCCCGCCUCCAGCCAUUCUGCCCACCUCUAUGUGCCAGCCUCCAGGGAUCAUGCAGUUCGAAGAGUCACCGCUGGGGGCGCAGGCGCCCAGGGCCACCCAGCCACCUGACCUUAGACCAACAGAGACGUUCUUGACCGGAGAGCCCAAAGCUUUAGGGACGGUGCAGAUCCUGAUCGGCCUCAUCCACCUUGGCUUCGGCAGCGUCCUGCUCAUGGUUCGCCGAGGCCACCUGGGAAUGCUCUUCAUCGAAGGUGGCGUCCCCUUCUGGGGAGGAGCUUGCUUCAUCAUCUCUGGGUCCCUCUCGGUAGCAGCUGAGAAAAACCACACCAGUUGCUUGGUGAGGAGCAGUCUGGGGACCAACAUCCUCAGUGCCAUGGCAGCCUUCGCUGGGACAGCCAUUCUCCUCAUGGACUUCGGAGUCACUAACUGGGAUGUGGGCAGGGGCUACCUUGCUGUGUUGACCAUCUUCACCAUCCUGGAGUUCUUCAUCGCUGUCAUUGCCACCCACUUCGGGUGCCAAGCCACCCGUGCUCACACUAACGCAUCUGUGAUUUUCCUACCCAACGCCUUCGGCACGGAUUUCAACAUCCCCAGCCCAGCAGUCUCUCCACCCCCUGCCUAUGAUAAUGUGGCAUACAUACCCAAGGAGUCAUCGGAGUAGUAGAUCGCAACUCCUCUUCUUCAGGUUGCAGUCCAGGCUUCCCACUCUACCCAGUAUUUCUCCAUCCUCACCUUGUUCCUUCUGAGGCAGCCUUUCCCCAACCGGGCCCUCCAAGUGGCAUACACUGUGUCCCCGAGUGAUGUGUUCCAUCAGUUUCCCAUUUCCUCCAGUAGUGUCUUUCUAAAAAGGACAUACGACUGAUGUCCAGGGUGCGUGUCCCUAAGAACUACCCAACCCCAGCCUUGUCAGCUGACAUGGAUGUCCCCUGCGCGACUCUGCAAUGUCCUCGCUCAGCUCAUCGUGGGAAAUCUUGGCAUCACCGAGGUCACACGGGUUUGCCUUCAAGAAGACUAUUAAGCACAGAGAACUCAGAAUGUUCCAGAAUAAACUGGCAUUUCAGAGGCUCUGACCCUACCACACAGCAAGACAGUAGGCCUGACUGACCUCAAGGCUCCUGGACCCCGAGACCAGCUCUGUCCUUUGUCAUCUGCUGUUACAUCCUUGGGUUCUCAUUUUCUCACCUGGAAACUAAAAUGCUAAACUUCAUAACCAACACUCCUGGGCUCCCUGGGGUCCCUGGGUCUAUCUAAGCUGGGUAUUGCCCCACUCCCUCCCGGGACCUCCUUUUCCUGUUUCUAAUGGGACAUUGGUAUUGGCUCUGGCCCUUCCCACAUCCUAGGUCAGGAGGUUGCAGAGGAGACUGGCUGACUCUUGUACCCAGGUCAUCAUCCACAGGUGCACAGGGAAAGCCUCUCUGACCCUGCUGUACCCAUACCUCACCCCUACCUGAAAAGCAAGAGUGUCCCUGAGAGUUACCAUGGGAACAGGGCUGGGUACCAACAGGAAUAAGACACCUUCAGCCCAGUGUUCAUAGGCCCUGGCAUGUAGCUUGUUUCAUCCACACUGUAGAGAAAAAUAAACAGUGUUGCUUGGAUUUUGA